CGGCAGAAUAGCUCAACAACAGCACAACAGAGUGCAAGUUUCUCGCUGUUUCUCUCACCGUCGUCGACGUCAUCAUCGUCGCUGUGGCAAUUGUCGUUAUGGUUUAGGCCGUUUCAUCGCUUUCGUCGUGCUAGUCGUUGUUGGGUAUAUUGCAAACGUAAUCGACGUCAGUCAAAAUACAACAAACUGGCAUUUUGAUGGCGCAUUCGCUCGAUGGCAACGGUUCGGAUUGGAGCAGCAGGCGAGCGCAUUGUUUUAUUAUCCACUUUAUCACCAUUUAUUGUUAUUGCCAUUGUGGUCUUUUAACGCUCGAUUGACUGUUUGAUACUAUUCAGUACAGCUAAUGCCAUCAUACUCAAACAGUUCUAGUUGGUAAAAUAUGAAAUAACAAAAGCAAAAACAAUAGUGAUAGUGACAACACCGAAAACAUCGACAACGACAGCAGCGGUUUAAUACCAUUGACAGCGUUUUGAUUCGGCGAAUAUUUCGCUAUCGGACUACUAUCACAACGCUAUCGAAAGACGGCAACGCAUAUCAAAGCGCUGCGACGUUCAGUGUGGUGCAGUGUAGUAGUGUCAAAUUAGAGUAAUAUAGAAUCGCGGCAGUGACGAUUAAAAGUCAGUACAGCAAACGAAAACGCAAACGACAGCAGUAGUAACAGCAACAGUCGUCUGGCAGUCAGGCAGUGAGUUAGACAGUUGUUCAGUGCUGCGGCAGCGUUCGUAACGAAAUCUCGGUUUGGUGGCAUUGACGCUAAUAAAUUUGAUUAUUAUUAUUAUUGUCGCUAUUACUAUUAUUUUAACGAUUAUUGUGUUGAUUGUGGUUGUCGUUCGUAGUGUUAUGUUAAUGACGUUUCCAUGAGCCGGAUUGGCCGAUUGUUUUCGACAAAGUAUGCAUUGUGAACUAAAAAUAUCAAAUAUUUGUGAACUAAAAAAAUAAAAUUAAUACAAACCUUAAGAGUGCAACGAAAGUAAUUUACCCAAAAGUGUUUGUGUGAAAAACAAUAAAUAAAAUUUUUGGUGAUAGAAAGUAUUUUAUGUAGAAACAGCAAUCAAUUUAAAUGGAUUUAAUAAAAUUUAUAACAUCAAUUGCGAAUGAACAUUAACCGUGAUAUAACUUUUGGUGCAAUUAUUAUAAUAUUCACGUUUACAUUGUUUACAUUGCCAACUCUUACAGCGUUUACUUUUGGUAAAAAAAUAAACAAAUGAGAUAAGCAAAUUAUGCUAAAUGAAAUCACAACUCAAAGUGAUUAUGUAAAUUUGUGUCCGAACUUAUUUUAGAAAACCAAAUGACCGAAAUAGAGAAGCUAUUUGAAUUUAAGUGAAUUCAAACAUACUACUUCUCCACACGUGUAAAUUUUUUAAAAUAAAAUACUAAGCAAAAAUACCUUGCCACGGCAAGUAAGUCCAAGCAAAGCUAAAGCCUAAUCAGGUUUAGCUUUUCUCCCGAGACAGCACUACAACCGCCAAAAUUCUUACCGCUGGCAGUAUGAAUUCCUACUUUGAACAGGCUUCGGCUGGUUUUUACGGCCACCCGCAUCAGACAUCCGGUAUGACAAUGAGUACUGGAGGUCACCAUGAUCAGACAGCUACAGCGGCCGCAGCCGCUUAUCGUGGCUUUCCGCUGUCUUUGGGCAUGUCGCCUUAUGCCAAUCAUCACUUACAACGCACCACACAGGAUUCUCCCUACGACGCAAGUAUUACAGCGGCUUGUAACAAAAUUUACAGUGAUGGCGCCUACAAACAGGACUGUCUUAAUAUCAAAGCCGAUUCCGUGGUCAAUGGUUACAAAGAUAUCUGGAAUACCAGCGCGAAUGGUGCGAGCGGAGGUGGUGGUUCUGGAGGUGGUGGUGGCUCGGGCGGUGGUUCUAACGGAUCAAAUAAUAAUGGGCAGAACAAUCCUGCUGGUGGCAUGCCAGUGCGUCCAUCCGCUUGCACUCCAGACUCCCGUGUUGGUGGAUACUUGGACACUUCAGGUGGAAGCCCGGUAAGCCAUCGAGGUGGCAGUGGUGGCGGAAGUGGUGGAACUGGUGGUGGAGUCGUUGGUGCCGGUCAAGGUGGCGCUGGGGGCGUUGGAAGCGUAGGUGGUGUUGGUGUUGGCGGUGGUGUAGGAGUUGGCGGUGCAGGAACCGCAUGGAAUGCAAAUUGCACAAUUUCUGGGGCGGCAGCGGCUCAAAGUGCUAGUAGCUUACAUCAAGCCACCAAUCAUACUUUCUACCCGUGGAUGGCUAUCGCAGGUAAGAUAAGAUCAGAUUUAACACAAUACGGCGGAAUAUCAACAGACAUGGGUAAGAGAUACUCAGAAUCUCUUGCGGGCUCACUUCUUCCGGAUUGGCUAGGUAAGUUGCAUAAAACCUGGCUGACCUGGCCAACAGGCUGUGGCAAUGUAAUUAGGUAUUUCUAUGAUAGAAUGAAAUUCGUAAGUAUUAAACCAUUUUAUAAAAAUGAGCUGAUGCAGAUAACAUCAAGUAGAGAUUCGGUAAAGUUUUCUCCGAACUAUAUAAGCAUAUAAGUUAUUGGAAUUGUAUACUUGUACAGCAAAAUUAGUUCACUAAUAAAAUAUGAAUAUAGGCCAUGCUGUACGUUAUUUAGAACAUAUUAAUCUACACGCAUAUUUGAACAAAUAUUACCACAAAUGUUUUCUUUUAAUCAAUCGCCCACAGGGUUUAAGCGAAUGCAUAAGAAAAUUCGUAUUAUUUGUAAUGUGCAAUGUAAAUUUCAACGUUUUUUAGCAUCUAAUAUUACCAAUAGCCCAAUAUAGCCCAUUUGAUAAAUCUUGAAUAACUGUAGUAGUACAAGUACCAUAAAGAAUCGUAAUUCCCUCUAUUGGUUUCCAAAUUAAUUUCUCACAUCAUAAAUUACUCAUCUUUAAGAAUGAAAUAAUCAAAAAUAUUCAAAACGGAAUAAUUUGGAAAGUUCCGUUAACUUCGUAAUGGUGAAAUCUGAAUUUCAUUGCAUAACUUUUUCGCUAAUUUUACAGUACUUUUAUUAACCAGAAACCUGAAAAAUUAUAUAUUUUUAUUCCAUUGACGAAUAAUUUAUAUAUGUAUGGUAAAUUUAUGAUAGACCCUUACAAAAAUUUGCUCCUCAUUUUUGCCUCUAGUUUCUCAAUUAGAGUAGAUAACCCACCCUCAUUGUUCUGUUCAGCUGUCAUCGCCCUCGAAUCUAUUAGGCGAAACGAAUUUUUUGCACACUUAAAUAAAUACAAAUAUAUUUAUGUAUUUCACUCUAGUUCACUCUACUUCAUAUCACAUUCUGCAAAUAUGCACACGCAUAUGUAUACGCUUGCGUAUAUAUGUAUUAUCGAUGCGGCAAAAUGUACUAGUUUGCUUAUCUGCAUUUCAUUGAGAUAAAUUCUUCCCAAUCAAAUGUAACUUUUUCCACUCAACUUCGACAGCUACAGGAAGCAGAAAAACGCAGUGAAAUACGCCAACGAAUGAAUUAAAGAUGAGGAACUUUAUAUGUUUUUUUGUACGGCGGUUAUAAAGGGUCUGUUAAGUAAAACAAAAAAUGUGCGCUAAUUUGCAUAAGAAAGUGAUUCAAUGAACGAGAUAUUCGCAACCACGUCUCCACUCCUAUAUACAAAUGUCAGCACGUUGCUUUCUAUCAUAGAGUAAUGAUACUUUUUGCAGUUUAAGCUUUUUACAAGAUUUUAUAUUUAGUUUCUUUCUACAGAGGUUGCACUCAUAUAUUCAUGGCAUUAAGACCAGAUAAGAAAUAUUUUUAAGCAAAAAUUCUUAUAAAGAGAAAUAGUAGAGUGAUACAAAUUGUCUUCAUUAGCUAGUUAAAUAGCAAAAGAUCAUCCACGUUAUAAAUUUGUGGUACUAUCUUUUAUAACCGCAUUUUGGAAUUUCGUUUUAAUUCUUUUCGCAUUCAGCUGCCAAAAAAUAUUAGAAAGAUAAACUAUGCGGAAAUAUAAAAUUGAAUUAUUGUGAACAUAUUUCGGCAAAUAAAGCUGCAACUGCAAUACAAAUGUUGAAUGGUCUCAACGACUAUACUUUUGGCUAACUUGCAGCAUCAUGGUAAAGGAGUGUAUAUGAUCAUUAUAACAGAGUGGCGUCGCGUCGCAAUAAAAACAAAACUGAAUGCCAAAAUUUGUCAAAUUAAUGGCGGCUUUUUGUUGCAAAUAGGUCUUAAACCAAACCACACAAAAUGUGUGCACAAGAGGCGCCAUAGAUAACAACAACCUACAGCCCUCAAUCUUCACGAAACUUAUGGUUAAUAUUAUUUUGUGGCGCACUUUAUUUUGCUAACUACCACUUGAAUUGCAUAUUCAUCCGUAACCGCCCUAUGCGAAUAUUCAGAGUGAGACAAAACCACUCGCCAUUUAUAUAAAUAAAUCUUGUAGGCAAUCAGAAACAAUACCAAAAUAACAAGCAUUUAUGUUAUUUUAGUAGUUCUAUGACAUUUACUUUUAACAUAUGUUUUAAAACUUUUAUGCUGUCAUAAAAUGCGUGGGAGUUUUUUUUUUUGAAAACUGAAAUAUUUACAAAUGUAGCUGACAUAAGAAAUUUACUUUAAAUGCAGAAAGAACCAGCUCUCACGACUUUUAAUGCAAACAAUGUUUUUGCAUACUUCAUUUUGAAUUAGCAAAGAGGAAAUUUAGGCAUUUGCUAGUGAUGGCGCCAUAAGAAUGAUUUCAAAUAUGUAGUAGUUGGAGUGGUUCUAUCAACAGCUCUUUAAAGUAGUAGUUCGAAUUAGGCAAUUAAAUAUCAACUGAGCGGUAUAUUAUUCGAAAGAGAUAAAUUGUAAUUUAGGCAUCGUGCCCUAGACAAAAUCAGUUUUGUUUUUACUUUUUAAAAACAGAGCUAUAAUCGCUUUUGUAGGUAUAAAAUGCGAUGCAACAUAUCACAGAUAUAUUGAACUACUCGAAAUUCAUGUCACCUGAACAAAUAAUGCUAGUCCUCAGAUUAAAAGAAAUAUAGAUGCAUAUAUACAUAUAUAUUUGAAUGUUAUAUGAAAUUGCUUGGGUUAGUCUAAAAUAGAUUUGUUUAGUAUAAUGGCAUUAUUUAAUCUAGUUUUCUCCUAUGAGCUGCCUGUAGCAAUCUAAUUGUGCAAGAUUAUUGAAAAAAGUUUCUACAAUUCCCAUUCGACCUACAACAAAUUCAUUAACCCUGCAGUAUUCACCUUUAGGCCAGAAAGAAUCACGUACUUAAAUUAGCAGUUAGUAAAAUUAAACUUUAGAGAUUUUUCUAUUCUUGAUUAAUCGGUAAUUCGAGAAAAGGUUUAUGAGUCGUAGAAAUCUUAUAAACAUAUUGUCAUUGGUGUUACGGUGAUAGCCUUGAAGUUAUCCACAUACACCGUGCUCAGCCGCUGACUGCUGGAUGGACUUGGGAAUCAAAUAAUUAAUAAAAAAAACUUUAUGUUACCUUUUUAUUACCAAAGGUAUUUUACAAUUUAUACAAUAAACUGCGAGAAAUAAUUUUUAAAUCUUAUUGCUUAAAUUACCUAAGAUACAAGUACUCUCACGAAUGGCUUUCGAGUUAUUGAUUUUAUUGUAACAAUGAGCUUUUAUUAUUUACUAGAGGACGCAUCCACGUUUUACCGUGGCUGAUACAGAGAUAGUACUACUAAUACCAUCAAUAUUAUUUCUAUUAGUUAGAUUAUAACUAUUAGUUAAGGAGAUAUGUCAUUUGGGUAAAGCAUCUUGUGUUAAUUAAUCAAAAUUAAUCAAAAAGCAUUUCUUGUGUUAAAAAAUCAUUUGUUUUUUGUGAGAAAUACUGUUGAAUUUGGGCAGUGCACCAGUGAAAUCAACCGAGUCUAAUCGACAGUCAGCCUAGUGGACUGCAUAUAAUGAAAUGGUUCUCAAGCAUGGAAAAACUCGGCUGGCAAGGUUAUGGCAUCAGUCUUUUGAAAUGCACUCGGUAGGUUAUUCAUCGAAUGAUUACUGAGGCAUAAUAAUAAAAAUAAAAUUUUUGUAUUUAUGAGUUGUAUUAAAGUAUCCUAUGUCCUUACCCUGGUUUUAAGCUACCUCUCCACCAAUUUUCAACCAACUCGGUCCAGCCGUUCUUGAGUUAUAAAUGUGUAACUAUCACAACUUUCUUUUAUAUAGAUUUAUAUAGAUUAAUACAUAUGAGAAAAUACAUUAACGACCAGAGACAUCUCUAAACUUCACAGUAAGUUGGGAAGGCGAAUUGCUAAAUAUCAGCAACUUCCACUUUCAUUAAGACACUUAUCAGCAGAAACAAAAAUUAUAAGUCUAUAAAUAAAUAAAGAUACAGCCUAUAUAACAAAUCAACCCAUACGAAAACCACAGAAAACUACUAUUCUGGGUUCUGAACUUGUCUUCCAAAUCUCAGAGCCCAAAGAGCUGAGUAUUUAUUUUUCUGUCAUUUUUUCAAGAUAAACCGUUAGUUUUCUCUACCGACCGACUUAUAUGAUGGAUUUAGGAGUGGGAAACGUUUUCCAACAAUACGUGUCGCUUUCUGAUGAAUAAACAAGUAAAGAAGGGCUAACGUCGGGUGCAACCGAACAUUUUAUACUCUUGCAAUUUCCUAGAAUCCAACCCAAGGAAAUACUUUAUGGUGUAAAACGUCAUCCUGAGAAUCGAAAUCCCAACAAUUUUAUAUACACAUAUACUAUAUAUAACUUCUAUACUGACAUACACAUAAGGUUUGUUAGAAAAACUAAAACAGUUGUUGUAGUAUCGACCAGAUUUUAUCAGUCAGGCGGAUGUUCGAAAAUCCUUAUAUUAGUUAUAUGGGACUUAAAUCAAGUUUUCGCUCAAAUUUAUCUAUUUUAGGUUCAAAAAUACAUUAUUAUGAGUAAAACAUGCUACCUCACUUUCAUUGAUAUAACUCACUUAUUGGUCGAUAUAUGCGGUACAAAGUGACCCGGAAGUUCAAUUAUCUUUAUAUUAGGUAUAUGGGGGCUAAGGGAAGUAUUAGUCCGAUUCAACCCAUUUUUAACAUAGAGAAUUUCUGUUAUUUAUCUCACACAUUGACCGAUAUUUUCAAUCAAAAGUCUAGUAUAGGUACUGGGAUGCCAAUAUCCGCUACCUAGGCUUGAACACUUUUUAUUGGAUUUGAACAAUUUUUUGUCAUAAAGUGUCAUACACUUAAAAAGUUUAGUCCCGUUUGUAAUAAUUUUCAAUAAUACCGUUAUAUGCGGAGUGAACGGAGUUUUCAUCCGAUUUCAUUCAUUUUCCCACUAUUUAGGAGAUAUGAACAUUAAACUUGUUAAAGGGCGGGGCCACUCCCACCAUUUCAAAAAAGUUUGCCCACAGGUGCCCCUUCGCUACUGCGAUCCUCUGUACCGAAUUACAGCUUUAUUUCUUAAUUGUGAGCUUAGUUAUAGCACUUUAUAGGUAUUAGGUUAAUGGCGUUUUGUGGGCGUGGCAGUGGUCCCAUUACAUCCAUUUACGAACUCGAAAGUUUUUUGUACUAAGGAACCUAAAUACCAAGUUUCAUCAAGAUAUCUCAAUUCUUACUCAAGUUACAGCUUGCACGGACGGACAGACAGACAGUCAACCGGAUUGUAAAUUUUCACGUCACCCUGAUCAUUUAUAUAUUAUAUGCUUAACCCUAUAUAACUAUACAUAUCUCGAAUAGAUUUACGUGAUACGUGCAUGAAUAGAACUGUAAUACUUUGUAGCAACUGGUUGCAAGAGUAUAAAAACAUGUUAGAUGGUAAUAACUGUCGAAUUUGGUUAACCAUACGAUACUUGACACUUUCGGCCAGUAACAGUAAAUAUCGCUAAAAAUACGUAAUGUAAGUUGAACUGGGUAAAAUAUAUACUUAAUAAAUGAAAUAAUGAACUAUGACAUUUUUGUGGAAGAGAACAAGACGUGAUAUUUUAUGUUUCGCGUACGAAUGGAAAGAAACAAUUAGUCUGUACUUUUAUAAGCUCUUUAAGUUAUUUUGUUCCAGAUAUUUAAUUAAAAAGGUUUCAUUAUUUGUUUCUUUAUUUUCGUAUUAAGAUUUCUUUAACUAUUUAUUAUAGUUCACCAGAUAUAAGUUUUUGUCCAAUCAUUCAAAUAAUUAUGUCGAUACAGUUUUAGGAAACCACUCCACUGUUAAAUUUUUAUUUUGUUAAUAAUCAACACCAAAUUUAUACCCGUUAUGUGUCUGAAACUACGAAAUCUUCAUUUUUGGAAUAAUUUUUAUGCAUGAAAACGACGAAUUAGCUUUGUGUGACAAACAUAAUAGAAUCAAAUGGAAAGAGUGUUAAGCUUGGGAAUCCGCCAACAGUAUUCAAUGUGCUUUGAAACGAGCAAAAGGGUAUGCUUAAGGAUAAUGGAGGUAUUGCUGACGGCGUUAAUAGCAAAGAGGCUGAAAAAUAUUGAAAUGAAACAUAGGCCGUUUGUUUAGUUUCCUUGGCGGUAGAGUGAUAUGCCUGCAGCAAAAAGAUAACGAAUAAUAAUGUUUCAGUCUGGCACUAGUACGCAAUAGAGCAUGCCAGACGCUAAAUAGCAUUUAAAAAAAAGAGCAAAAGUUAAAAAAGGGGACUUAAAGUAUUUAUAUACUUAAAUAUCAAAAUACAUAUUUCACCUGAGCCCUGAAAAUUUACUCUAGUUUUUUGUUGUAACAAACGAAAUGUACACGUAUACUAUACAUACUUUCGUAAAUAUUCUUCCUAUUUGUGUGUUACUCAGUGCAAUCAUAUAUGCAAAUAGAUAUAUUUUUGUAGUACCAUGUUAUACACCAGUGUACGCAGCACACUAUGACAGCCAUUAAAAUUCAAUUAAAUCCAACGAAAAACUAAUAAUAAUCCGCCAUGCCGCACUCAUAUACAUUUUUGAAUAUGCAGUGGUCUGUUAAAUACCAUCAAAUAGCGAAAAUUAACUGAGGGACUGUUCAUCCUUUGCACAUAACUGCAGUGUUAAUCUGCUGCUAUGUGAAAAUAGUCACGCACAUGUAUACAUACACUCUUAUUCACAUCACUGUGAACAAAUAUAUUUGUACAUUAGCUGAAGAGAAACCAUUCGUACACAUGUAUGGGUAUUAUACACUUAACCGCGUUUGUGCUGGUAUGUCUACUGGCUCUUAUUCAUUAAUUUACCAACUAUAAAGUUAUGUCACAUUGCAAACUUAAAUUUUACAUUCGGUAUGUGUACGAGUAUGUGAAAAUUCAUUAUUGUAUGUGCAGAACCCAUAAAACAUUUGCACCGAGUAUCAAAGUGUCAAAGCACUAAAUAAAUUACUUCAGCUAGUGGAAUCCAUUGGAAAAGAGGUACGAUUUUUAAUUUGCAAUUAAACUCAGAAACAAUUUUACUUGGUGUUCUUAUUUCAUUAAAGUUGAUAUUCGUAUCAUAUUUCUAUACGGUUCCAUCUAUGUUAAGAAUGUUAUAUUCAAGUCUUCAUUGUAUUCCAGAGAUUUAAAAUAGAUAUACAAAUAAAUAAUACGUUAAUAAGUCAUUCUGUUAAUCCUGCAAAAUAUUUUCAAGCUUUAAAAUAAUUGUAAGUUUUUGACAUUUACAUUUAGAAUACCACCUGGAGGUUUUUUGUUUACAAAUCUAGAAAUAUUUUGUGGACACAGUACGCCACUAGGGAACAGUACUAAUCAAUACCGAAAAUAUUUACAUAAAUUAAUCAUCCCGCUUCAGGUGGUAUCCUACCCUCUUGUGUACUUUUCCAUAAAAAGUCAUUUCAUAAUGUCUAUCAACAGUUUUAAUGUGACUGCCUAAAUGUCCGUCUAAGGAAUAAACGUUAAUUUAAUAUACGCAUACAUUACAUAUUGGCAUAUACAGUGAUCGCGGCUGUAUGUCAGUGAAAUCGCUUUCAUAUUUGCUUGUAAGCGAAGUGACCUUAAUUACAUUCUUGUAAACAACUUUUGGCACAACUUUGUACAGUUUACCAAUUCCCGAUUCCACUAGAGCUUUACUGCAAACAGAUAACAAAUAUUUUCAGGACUAAGUUAGAAGUGAAUUUAGCAGGAAACAAUGUGUCCUCUAAUUAAACCACCAUCUAUUACGAUUCGAACUCACAGUCAGCAGUGGUUGUGGAGGAGACAAUUUAUAGAAUGUAGAAACAUACCUCCAAAUAUAUACAUACGGUAUGUAGCUACCAAACACAUGAACUGGAAAGGUUUAAAGUUUCGCUUGUUAGAUAAAAUAAAACCAAUACUAUAAAUAUAAAAAAUUAAAAAAAAUAUAUUUCAAAUCAAAAAUUUUAUAUACAUAUCUAUUUUCUAAUGUAUUUCUUACAAUAAAGGGCUAAUUAAACAGAAGUAAUAAUUAAUGUAUAUGUUAUAUAAAAUAAUAUAUUAUUGAAAAUUGAAUUUAAUAUGAACGGGAGAAUCAAGUAUAUAUACUCGUACUUAGUACAGUAUUACUUACAGCGGUUUAAUUAUUUUAUCACUAUUAUCAUUUUAUUUUUUUUUUUAAUCUUUGUACCUCGAUGUAUUAUAUAUAAACAUAGGUAUUAGAUAAUCAUGUGGUCGUUCUCCGAUAAAUUGCAUUUCCCAGAAUAAAAUCUAAUAUCUUAUAAACCGCUAUUAAAAAGGAAGCUAAAUAUAUUAUAUUAUACAUUGGCUCCAAUGAAGCUGUUUUGUAAAAAUUCGGCUGAAAAAUUUAAUGCCUCCGACACACUUACUUAUUGAGUUAUAUUGCUUUUAGUAGAUUUCAUCAUAUCCGUUAUAUGCCGAGUUUGGUCAUAAAGUAUAAAAUCAACCGAAUAUUUGUAAAUAUUUAUAUUAAGUAUGUGGGAGCUAAGGGAACUAUAUUCUCUCCGAAUGUCAAUAGUAGAUUUCAUAGAUUGGCCAAUAUUUUUCGGGAGAAAGUCAUCAUGGAAUACCCUAAAGGCAAUUUUAUUUCGAUAACGUCAUAGGAUCUGGAUUUUUGUACUAUAAAGUCAAAGAAUCAUGCAGAAAUGAAAGUUGUUAAUGUUUUACAUAGGCGUGAUUGUAGCCGUUUUCGCUCAUUUUCACAAUAGCCAUGUUUACCAUGUAUACAAGUAUCAAGUAUUAGCCAGCAUACCUUCUGUAUAAUAUAGAAUGCGAAACUCAAUGCUUCUGGCGUAUAUAUUUAGUGAGCUAUCGAACUUUUAGGAGUUUUCAAGAUUGCCGUUUUGUAUGAGGAGUGGGCGAGGUUAUCAUCCAAUUUCCCCUUCGAGGGGGAGUAAAUUUGCUUGAUAUAUGUAGCUGUAGUGGUUUUUGAAAUAUGUGCGUUGAACUUAUUAGAGGGCGAGCCGCACUCACUUUUUAAACAUUUUCGAACCACAGAAAUCACAGAGAAAUCAUUUCGCACUAAAUGGUUCCGUUUUACUCCAUAUUUGAGAAUAUGAUAUAAUUCAUCGUAAAAAUUGUUAGUUGCAUAGAUGAGUUCACAUAUUCCAAUCUAACAGAUUUCACGCCACAUUUAUUACAAUUUAAAAAUGGAAUGAGGUAAGAGAUAAGCUAAAUGACGUGACAAACGUGUUUUAUGGCCAUUUUAUUGCGUUAAGGUGCGGUAAACAGGUUAAAGAAUUCAAGCAUUACGAGUAGUGGGGCAAUCAACAAUGAGAAGCGAAAUAGCUAACCACAACGCUGCAGCAUUAUUUAUGUCUGCAUCCUUCUGGAUACAGACAUCAGUAUGUUUCAUGCAUUGACGCAAUAAAAACCAAAACCGCAACCAACACCACUGUCAUGGUUUCAAAUACCGCAACGUAUGCCGUUGGUUUUCAUCCUCCCCAAGACCUCCGUGGGCGUGAUUAAAUAUGCUCAUCAGGUGAUAGGAGCAAGAACAUAGAAAUAUGAAGCGUAAUAUGGCAUUAUUUUAUAAAAAAUGGAAUUUUGAAAUAUAAUCCAUGGUGUGCUUGGAAGAAACAAUCAGCGUAAAUAUAGUAUAUAAUAUAAUACCAAGUUAUUUUCUAUUCUAAACUUACAAUUAUUUUUUAUCGAUAAGUGAAUUUCGCCAUAAAAAAAUUGUUGUUUUUGAAUCCUAGACUUGUCUUGUCAGUUACUCGCAUGAAAAUAUUCAUUUUAAAUUUUUAAACUUGCAAGUGGCAAUUUAAUACAGUGUAAGCUCUUCGCCCUUAACGCCCUCUGGAUAAAAGUACUUGAAUUAUGACAAUUUCAUUUUUAAAUUAAACUAAAGCUAUAAACUAUAAAGGUAAUUCAACUUAAUUGUAUAGAUUACGGUGAUGACUCUUAGCGAUGGCAAACUGCCAAUACUGCAUCGAAUCAAUCAAAUCACUCGUUUUAUUCACCAAUUGAUUGGCAGAACACUUGAACUAUGUUAUCGGCCGCUUGAUUGGUGAUUGGUGGAAUAAAAAGCAAUUUCGAUAAAAUUAUAGCAAUUUUUUUAUUCCAGUAAUAACGACACAACGUUAAGUGCUAUUUUCAACGUGUAAGAUGUGUCUAGGCAUUUUGGCUUUACUGCAUUCCUUCUUCGUUUAUCCUUCUGGCUAUUUGCAAUUACUUUUAUUAUUCAUAUGCUCACCGUUUUGUGCGGACCGAGUACGGCAACGAUGCACUUAUAAAGGGCAACUCUAUUUUGUUUGGGUCAACUUUUGUAAACCUGAACUGAUUGAUAGUUUUCUAUAGAAAUUUUAAAGUAUUUGCAAAAUUUUACAUGUAAAAGUAACGUUAACUUCGAUUGCACCGAAUCUGAAUACCCUUCACAAAUAAAAGAUUCAGUUUGUACAGUUGUAUGGCAGUUAUGUGCUACGUGUGCUGUGAUAGUUCCGACAAAUGCGCAAAAUUUUAGAACGAUAUCUCACAAACCGAAGAAUUCUUUCACGCACACAUAUACCGAACAUGUCCAAAUAAACUCAGCUCGUUUAAAUUUUAUAGGGUCUCCGACGUUUUCUUUUGGGUAUUACCAACUUCGUGGAAAAGUUAAUAUAACCUAUUUAGGGUAUAAAAUGAAUACAUACCAUCUUUCUCCACCAUUCUACUUUGAUUACUCUGCCAUUAAAUGUAUGAAAGUUAAUAUUUUCAAACGUUUAGAAAUGGGUACCUUUGCCACGAUAAAAUUGCAUGUUGAUAUUACAUGUCGGAUUCAAAAUAUGUUAUUAUGAGCAUUUACACCAAAUGGAAGGGGGGAUUAUAUGAAAUUCUUUGGGGUAUGCGUAUAGGUGGCCACCAUAUUGGAGUUAAAGACCUAUACGGGUGCGGAAUAUUUUUAUCUUUUCACCUGUGGGAUGCACUAACUAAAAACAAACACCAUAUGUUUGACCACAAAACUUAACUUUUACAAAUCACAUUAUGUUAUACUAGACUUAAAGUCGGCUUUAAAAAAAGUUUUUGCUUUAAGAAAAAAAUAUCCAUCCAUGAAUUGAAGAAGCAUUUAAUUGGUAUUAAGAAGACGCAUAGUAAACAGUUCAGUAAGUAGCAUUUUUGCUUGUAUACAUUUUGUACAAAAUACAGCUAAUAAUUAAUACAAUAAAAUCAAAACACAUUCUGUUGCGCUGAAACUUAAACAUAUGAUUACAUUUAAAUGGCUUAAUGAAUCUGAUUAUAUAAUAAUAAACGCAAAUUUCGUCAAAAUUUCCAUUUUAAACUACCAAGUUUAUUUUCGAACUUUUAGAAAAUUGUUUGCAGGUAUUAUUCUCCUCUAACUCAUAAUACACACAUGCAUACAACAAUAAUACCCAAAGAAAACAAUGCACAUUGCUUCAGUACAAUGCACGACGUUUAUUGGUUCCGUCUAUCAUUCAUUAAACUCUCUGAUCGUUUCGGAAGCCAUUAAAGUUACCACCAUAACUGCCGGGCCACAACAACAACAAAUGUAGCAGCACAGGCUUCGCCGGCAGCCAUACAAAUAUUGUUUGAAGCAGGCAUGCCGAACGUGGUAGUUUAAUUUAGACUAUGCUACAUAACAGCUGCUGCAUAGAAAACCGGUUGUGAUUACUUUACGCGCAAGCGCAUCUACGAUCGCCAUGGCAACCAUACUGAUGAACACACGCCUGUGUAGGCGGCCGAUUGUAUUAGAGCCCAACAACAGGGUCUAAAUACCAAUAACAUUAGCCAAGCAUUGUUGUAUUUACUGAGGGAAAAUUAUGAAAAUAUCAAAUAUAUAAGUUGAGAAAUGACUCUUGUUCUCCCGCUAAUUGAAAUGAAAUAAGUUUUAAAACCCGUUCAUCGACUUUACUACUAUUGUAUGUAUAUUGCCACAUUUGCAUGGCAAUUUUAAUAAUUUUUCACUAAUUUUUAGAAUUUAUUAUUUAUUUUUAGAAUUAAAUAAUAUUUAAGGAAAGAAAUAAAUAAACACAUCCGAUCUCAAUACAAACAUUUCAAACCAAUAUUAUUCUAAUAUUAUUCAGGUAAUUGUCGGUUAUCAAUAGAGAUUUGUAUUCAAGAGCCUAUGGUGAAUAAUUUGCUAAAAAUGUGCUCUAACAAUAUGCAAGGCUAGAGUUCAAUUUGUAUAAGGUAAUUUUUUUCUAAUAUGAUCACCCAUUCGAUGACAAUGACAAACUUCCGAGCAUAUUUCUCAUACGAAAAUGCUUCCAUUAGUCGUCGUGUUUGCAGAUUUAUGGGUCUUUGUGUGGUCUUCGAAAAAAAAUUGCGUGAAUUUUGAAUAAAAAUCCUUCUUCGGAGCAUAUCAUGUUGCUAAUGUGCAGUUACUGAACAUUUCUCAUUAUUCACUUUAUUUCAGUACAAAUUUAGUAGCCGUUGGCUACUCAGCCGCUGUACGGGUGUCUUUUUGAUUUUAUUACAAGAAUCGCGUGUGUAACAAAAUUGAUUUAAUUAACUAACUCCAUAUUCAAAAUGCAGAACAAAAACACCAUGAAAGGAAUAAUACAAUAUAUAGAUGUAACCUGAUAAGAUGGUGUAAGUAACACUCAUAUCUUUAUAUAUAAAGAAAAUAUGUAAUUAAUCAUAUUAAUUACCUUUAUUUCAUGCAGAAUAUAAACAUUGGCAUUUUACAUAUUUGGUAUCAGAAGUGUUUUAACGUUCCUUACUUUAAAAUAAUCGAAGAAAGAAUCAUAAUAUUAUUUAGGUUGUCUUAUUAUUUAAUAAGUAUAACUCAUAAACGAAAGCAAUAAGCAAUUAUCAAAGGGUUAUGAACAUAAUGUACUAAGCUUUCAAUUAUAUAUAGUUAUAUAUAUUUCCUUACACAUGUCCGAGUAUGUCUACAUAUAUACAUGAACAUAAUUAUUAUUUACUGUCCCUCUUUUCAUAAAAUACGCAACUUGAGACGUUGAACGCUUAACCGACUAUUAAGUAACUUGUCGAACUAGCGUAAGGAAGAGUCGUUAGGGCUAUUACUUAGGGAAAUAAGAAGUACUUAAAAUCAAUUUACUUAAUAACAGGCAUCAAACACUUCAAGUGUGCGCAUAACCACUUCCAUUUCAAACUCAUUCGUCCAUGCCGUAAAGUAAAAUAAGAAAAUAUAACAACCCCAACAUGACUACAACAGCUGUAACAGCCAUGUCAGCAACAGUCGUGAUAUCGCCCAACACACGUUAAGAAAUUAAAAACUCAAACUAAAAUAAAAAGCAAGCUAGUACAACCGCUGAAGAGUGUAACCUGUUACUACAUAUUUAAUUAAUAGCCGAUUACAAUAUCAUAAUUCUUUGCUUCCAAAUUAUAUGGUCUAAUAAAUAUAAUCUUUAUAAAUUCUUUCCAAUAGGAAAAGCAUCAGAAUUUCAUAAUGGUACAAAGUUUUAAAUUGGAAAAUUUGGAAUCACAGAGUGAUGUUCCUAAUAGAUCAUGAAACCAAGAUGUUUUAAAAUUAAUAGAAAAAAGAAUUAAAAAAAAAUGGAUUUUUUCUGACUUAGUAGAGUGUAAGUAGAGUCGUGAGUAAAAAAUUAAAAGAAUUAUAGUAGCGUAGGAAAGAUAUUUGGAAUAUCUAUAUUUUGUGGACUAAAGUAAAAGGGAAUUCAACAGAGACAGCGACUCCACUAACUUACAAACUUCACACGCGUUUUAAACUCUCGUCAAAAAGUCUGAGGUUCAUCAUUCUUUUCAGUGAUUUAAAGCGUAUAUAUAGUGCCCUAGAUUUAAAUAUAAGUAAUAUAGCGAAAUAUAUGAGAUUAUCACAUAAGAUAUGUUUUAAUUAAAAAUUUAAAAAUAAAAUUUUUAAAAUUAAAUUUAAAUUUUUAAUUAAUCGAAUACUUUAAAAAUAAUUUUGUAUAUAUAGCGUUUAUUGAUAUCGUACAUUUAUAAAUUGAACACUUAUGAU